AUGCAGAGACCCAGGGCUUUAUGUUUUGCUUCAUGGAUCAGAGGAGCUGGAGUUCUAUGUUUAACCUUAUUCCAGUUAGCAGACUCUGAGUUGGACUGCGAGCUUGGUGAGAGGUGCACCAGGCAGAGCAAUGAAAACUUUAGCAGCUGGUAUGUGUGGUUCCUGAUGUUGUUUUUCCUGGCCUUGCUCCUGUCCUGCGGGAUCUGCUGCUGCCUGCAGUGCUGGCUGGAGCGGCGGAGCUGCCUCCCCCACCCACGCACCCUGGCCGUCUUCGCGCUUAGCAGCUCGGACGCUUUUUGCGCAAGUGAAGUGCCUCAGUGCCCGUUGUCUGGAUCUUCGAGCCCCUGCAUGACUGCAGAGACGUCCUCUUCUCCUGCGCCACGGUUCAGCCUUGGGGGAACUGAAUUGCCUCCAUCCUAUGAGGAUAUCAUGAAGGAAAACAAGCUCUAA